UUAUCUUUUCAUUUGGUAGCAGACGAAAAUAGCUCACUUAAAAAUGUUUUGAUACCGGGAAUGCUGUAAGUCAAUAAUCCAUUGUAUUCAUUCAUUUACUUCUAUAGUAAUCAUGGGGCCGGUCUCAUGGAAAAAUGCGUCCACUUUGAUCGUAUUAGCUCGAAAUCGCCUAAGUCAGGCAACGCACAUUAAAGCCAAUGAACAACAAAAACAGCUGCCUGAUUACAGUUGUAUGUUAUUGAAGCGUAGUUCUCAAAGCAAAUUCUUUGCAAAUGCCUUUGUGUUUCCUGGAGGAGCCAUCGAGGUUGCAGACUUCUCACCAUCUUGGCUAGAGCAUUUCAAUGAAAAUGGCUUUAAUCGAGAAAAGUUGACAUCUGAAUUUGUUGUUUCUAAGCAUGACAAAGUCCCGCUGUAUGGCAAUGCUCCACACCCAGAUUGCAUUCCUGAAGUAGGUUACCGUAUCAGUGCCAUCAGAGAAACAUUCGAGGAAACAGGUGUUUUGUUCUGUAAACCCAUUCAAAGUCAUAAACAGUCCAACAACGUCCUUAAAAUUGACGAUUUAAUCGAAUGGCAAAAACGUGUUCAUCAUAACCCAGAAGAGUUUCUUCUCUUGUGUAAAAAGUAUUUUUUGCUUCCCGACCUUUGGUCAUUGUAUGAAUGGUCCAACUGGCUUACCCCUGUUAACAUGGGGCCAAAAAGAUACGACACCAUAUUUUAUAUUUGUGUUGUCGACGAUUUACCUGACGUGCGAAUCGACGGAUGCGAGAUCAUCGAACUUUUGUGGGCUGAUCCGUGUAGCGCGGUUUGGAAGCACGUGCAAGGCCACAUUUGGUUGGCUCCGCCUCAACUGUAUGAACUCAGCAGAUUAGCGCAAAUCAAUAGCGCCGAAGACUUGAAAAUAUUUUCCAAGAAAAGGCAGCUGGACGGUAUCGAGCGUUGGCUUCCCAUCCGCUGCAAAACCAAGAAUGGGCACAUUAUGACAAUACUUCCGGGUGAUUCGCUUUACCCUGAAACCGAAGAUACCCCUAGUGCAGAUAUCGAGGAAGAUGAUUCCAGCUCCGAAGCCACGUCAAAGAACAGGAUUAGUUUUUUCAGUCCAAAACUCUUCCGCAUUGGUUGUAACAUCGUCGAUCCACGCGGUCAUAAGCAGCCCAGAGAUUUACCCGAGGAAAUAAAUGACAGCACUCUUCAAUCGAAUAUGUAAAUGACUCAUCAAAAAAGGUAAUACAUAAAAACAGUCGUUAAAAAAAUCCUCAGCUCUGCGUAUAAACUGUCAAUAUUCACUUGAAAUCUUCUUCGAAGAAGGAAAAAGUGCCAAAACUGCAUUUGUUAUCGUUAAAUGCUCGUUUUUCUUGAUAAAUGAUGUACACAUUUGCUUCGUUUCUGUAUACUGUGCAGCUAGAAAUGAAUAAGGCAGUGUGACAUAUUCGAGAAAACUUUCACCCAUCCUCAUUUGCCCUGCAGGAGGUCGUGAUCACAUCUUUUUGGUGUGUACGUACGGUGAAAAUUGUAUGCUUUUGUGAUAACGUCCCUCUGCAUGACUAGAUGCAUAGCGAUAUCCAACUUGAUGUCAUCUAACUUUCCACUUUGGUUCAAAAAUGUCAAUGGCCCCUUGGUGAUUCCUUUUUUGUUUCUCUCCUUUUUGUUUCUUAUGUUUUUACAAUAGAAGGAGCUAUAUUUUAUCGCGAAAAAAAGAACUUGGUUAUGAGGUGUCUUAGUAACGUGAAAGGAUCUGAUAUGCGAUAUUUUCUCUGAUCUAUUUUUCUCCUUUAGCUCAAGUGACAGCUAAGAGGUCAUCGACACUAUAUCCUACAUCCUCGUGCAGCACAUAAACAAGAUUCUACCUAGAUAGAGGAUAAUAGCCUACGGAUUACGGGGUUUUCCCUCGUUAUUAAAAUAACGCUUUAUUUUUACGAAAAAUACAAAAGAAACUAAAGCUGAAAA